UCCUGGGAGAGGCGCCUCGCGCAGUGGCGUGCCCUCAGAGCGCUCCUGCAACGCCGCGGUUGGAGCCUCUGCUCCUCUCGGGGGACGCCAACGUCCACUUCGCCUACCUCGGCGGCCGCGUCAACCCAAGGAUGGAGCAACCACUGGACCGCGAAGUCCCGGGGUGGCUCACGGCGCCCGCGGAUCUCGGGUUUGAAAUCCACCACAAGCCCCACGUGCCCACGCACCGGUCGGGCUCCAUCGUCGACACCUUCGCCGCGUCCCCAAGGCGGUCAGAACCGACCACCGCGGCGCGGGCGCGCCGCGAGCACGUCGCGCCCGCGGCGGACGCCCUCGAGGAGGCGGCGCAGGAAGCGGUGGCGGAGUCCAGCGCGCUGGCAGCGGCGCGCGCCAGGAACCUCGACAGGCACCUGCACAUAGCAGCGGAGUCGCCUGGGGCGGGCGACGCCUUCCUGAGCCGCCUCCUGCGGCCGCGCGCGCCGCUACGGCUCGCGCUCACGGACCCUAGCACUGGGGACCGCCUGGGGCCUGCUGCCACCCUGGACGCCCUCCUCGAGGACGUGCAGAACCGCGGCCUAGCAAAUGGCCCCCCGCCGCAGCACGCGGGCAGGGCGGUGGCCGAGGAGGGGCUCCCGGCCUGGGCCCUGCGCGACACGGCGGACCUGGGCGAGCUGGAGCCGAAGGCGCGCCUGGUCGGCGCGACCGCUGCCGCUGUGGCGCACGCCCUCGGCGCCG